CGUCGUUCAGCCCAGUUAGGGCGGAGAUGCUCAGCUCCUCUUUCAAUGACGCGGCAUAAGUAGCCUCGGAGUCCACGAUAACCUCUAAUUCACUUUGAAAACAAAAACAAAACAAAAAUACGGUGAUAGGAAAAUGCCUGAACAGCUGGUAUCCGUGGAUUCUAGAAAUGCCUACGAGGACUUGUCUGGCAUUGUCAUCCAGCCCGGCCAGAACCCGUAUCAAGUCUUUAUUGAGGCAUGCCACGAUAAUCACGCUGAAAUCCGGGCUCUCUACGAAGCACACCGACUGAAGCGCAAUGCCCAGCAAAAAGAAAAGUUCCUCUCGUCAGAUUUCAAAGAGCUUGUGAUUGACCAGUACCUACUACGAAUUGAGAAUCCCCUCGUUCAACCCGGGUUCAAGGAUGAGAGGAAUUGCUUCACCUUUUGGGCCAGACCCCCAGAGCAUAUCCUGCUCCUCGCCGGCAAGAUCCAACAGAUGCUUCGCAAAGCAGCACCGAAUCUCUGGCUCAUGCCCUCAUACCGAAUGCACAUGACGACUCUUGAACUGGCAUUUUCCAAAACCCCACAGGAGAUUGGCGAAAUGGUCGACACAAUCAAGCCAGCAGUCGCCGCUAUUACCUCUUACACGCGCCACAACCGGUCCAGGCUGGUCCGCCCGCUAGUCUCUUACGAUUUAUCUGCAUUUGCUGUGUCUUUUCUUCCGGCCUCUGGAGACCAAAAGCUCUCGCCGCCCCCCACCGCACCAGAUGCACAGGACGGCGUGAGAGAGGGAGACGACUACACAUAUCACCACCUACGCCGCGACGUUUUCAACAUGACAAACGGGGCAGGCAUUCAAGUAGGUUCACGAUACCAGGUGCCUAGUGCCCACAUCACACUCGGCAGAUAUCUUAAGGAGAAUGAUCACGAUACGCCAGAGAAGCGGGCAGCUUGGGUCCAGGCCAUAGACGACGUUAACACGUGGUUGAUGACAGAGGUAUGGGACAAGGAGGACGCCGAAUUCGUUGGUGAGUGGGUGGUAGGCCAAGAGAGAGGCCUGGAUGCUCGCAACGGCACGCUCUGGUACGGCGGCGGCCGAUCCAUUCUCGUUGGAGAGGGUUUCUAAAUCCCCUACUGCUGACUGCUUCUCUCGCAUUUCCUGUUCCUAGUUAGACGUAGACGGGCUUUUUUUAAUGACCAAUUUUCCAUAGCCCCUCCCCAUAUAAUAUAUAAUACACAUAGAGAAUGGUUGGCGGUUUUCGUAAGGUAAUGUGUAUCAUUGAAAUUUUGUUUUUUUUUCAUUCAUUUCCCUAUGAAUCUUUCCCUCAAACGAGGACAUGCAUCUCCCUUCGCCGUUGUCCGUGAAGCCCAUAUGCCGCCGAAAAGAACGAAUAAUUGAGAAAUGACCCAACCAACACACGUUGCACUUAGAAAACCAAAGCAGCACCCUUCGUCUUCUUGUCACCACUGUAAUCAACAUGUUAGCAAGUCGUUGCCUACAACGGCCCGCGGGCGCAUUCUCUCGACACAGAUAAACGUACCCCAACUCGAAGUGCUUGCAGCGCUUGAGAGCAAGCUGAGACUUGGUCUUGCACUUGACGCACUCCAGUCUCAGGACAACCUUCUUGGUGGUCUUGGCCUUCUUGUGGAAGACAGGCUUAGUCUGACCACCGUAACCGGACUGCUUACGGUCGUAACGGCGCUUUCCCUGGGCGAACAAAGAGGCCUUGCCAGCCUUGUACUGGGUGACCUUGUGCUGGGUGUGCUUGCGGCACUCCUUGCCCUUGCAGUAGGUGUUUCUCGUCUUGGGAAUGUUGACCUGGAGGAGGGAUCGAGAGUCAGUAAGAAAAGAUCGGAUAAUGAAAACGUUUCGUGAUGGUGGUUCGUGAAAUCGGGAUUCGCUUCGCUCGCGCUCGCACGAGAGCAGUUUUUCCGGGCGCCGUUUACGCAGACAACCUAAUCCGUAUCUCUGAAGCAUUCAUCAUUGCCGACAAGCAAAACUUCGUCGUCAAAGUGUCGUCGAGUCCGGAGGUGUCGUGCGGCGUCGCUAACGGAAUUGUUGGUCUCGUACAAGCGCGGUCGUUGGCUCCGGGGAAAAUAUUUUGAUCGAUAUGUUGAAGGGAUAUGAUGAAAACCUCAAUUAUGCGCAAAUAUACGUACCAUCUUGACGGCUGUAUCUGGGUGUCGAGACUAGUGUUUGACGAAGCAAAGUUCGG